CGUGCUGCUGGAAAGGUUUUCGGCCGAUGAAUCAAUGAGGGAUGAUUGUUUGGGCUUAUUAGAUAAUCUUACGAUAUUAUUUCAAUUUUGGGCUUCUAUAAUUGCCUUCCCAUGGGAAAAUAUGUUGGAAAUGCUGAGUCUGCUUGAACCGAUCCAAAUUUAUUGGGUCUGAGUUUGGUUUUUCUGCCUGACUUUAGGUUUGUUUGGCGGUCGGCCCAACCUAGGUUUUGGGAAAUUACUGGUUAAACGGCCCCGUGUCGUAGCUCGGUCCUUUAUCGCCGAAAAAGCGCCAGUUGCUGAAGCCUUUUGUUUGCUGUGCUCAACACUGAUCCUUAUAUCAAAUCCUCCUCUGCUGUUACUUCUUUCACCUGAAAAGCCCUAGGUGCAGUACAAGGGUGACUACAGAAAAAUGAGUACUGAGGUUGACCAGACAUCUGCAGUUGAAACCCACAAGACUAAGAUGUCUUCGACAAAUUCCUCAUCUGGUGCAUCAACUACUGGUCUGAAGGUCUCUAUAUUUGCUGCAAAGUCUGGAUUUGUCAUACCAAAAAACAAACUUUCAGGUUCAUUGGUUCCAAUCUUCAGAGGAGGUAAAAAGUCAGGAGGCAAUGAUGCAGCUAAUGAAGACAGUAACAACCAGGGGCUGAGGAAAACAAAAUGGGGCCCCGAUCCAAACCAGGAUGCCGCAGUUAGAAAGGGAAGAGCCUUAGCUUAUCAGACUCGAGUGGAUCAAAUUACGCAACAGCUGGAGUUGGGAAUUCUGGAAUCUGGUGAAACUCAAGACUCACAAGCUGAUCAGCAUGCAGAUCUCAAGUUGUCCAGUCCACCAAUUGACAUCAAGGACUUGAAACUUGAAAGACGGGAGAUUAUAGGUGAGAUACUCAAACUGAAUCCAAGUUACAAGGCACCACCUGAUUACGAACCUUUGCUGAAAGAGGCCACAGUUCCCAUUCCUGUCAAAGAUCACCCCGGGUACAAUUUUGUUGGUCUAAUAUUUGGGCCGGGAGGAGAGACUCACAAGCGAUUGGAAAAGGAAACUGGAGCUAAAAUACAAGCAUUUGUUACCAAAGCUAAUACAGGAAAGAAGGUUGAAAUUUCUCCAUCUGAUACGAAUGACACCCAUUUGGCUUACGAGGAGUUGAAUGUUCAUGUAUCAGCUGACACAUUUGAGAAAGUUGAUGAAGCAGUUGCCCUAAUUGAAUUGCUAGUUACCUCAGUAUCAGGAAAUUUAGCGACUGGGAAAAAUGUGAAUGUUCCAAAUGAAAGUCAGGAGGUGUCUUCUCCUUUUAUAGUCCGAAAUGGUGAGCAUGGAGUGAUGCAAUUAGCAUUUGGAGCUGCACAAACUCCUCAACAAGGUCAGUUUCAAAACCAAGGACUAUGUUUACCAGCAGUCUCAGCUCAAGCUACAAUACAUCCUCCUGGCUUCAUUCCCUCUCAGAAUUCUUCUGCACCAAUUAAUAACAACCUUAUGCCCGUACACUCAUCACCUUUGGCUCCUACUCCUGUGCCUUCAUUGUUUGGGCCUCGACCAAUUCCAGCAUCUGGGUUCAAUUCAAAUUUUCAAAACACAUCUCCUGUUCCUUCCAGGCCACAGCUGCCAAUGCAGGUCUUAUCACAUCCAUACCCACCAAGAAACUUUCCCAUGCCAGCGCCUCAGCCUUCAUCUGCUCACUCUAAUGUUUUGGCUUCACUUUCAUUCACUGGUAACCAAGCCCCACCAGCACUGCUAUCUCCAGUUGCUAGACCAUUAAUGCCAUCAUUGCCCCGGCCUGUAUCAAGUGUUACACUAGGACCACAAUCUGACAGAUCAUUGACACCUGUGGGAAGCUCUUCUGGAUGGCCUCUAGCUUCUGGUGCCAUUCCAGCAUCUUUAGGUCCUGGUAACAUGGGGCAAAUGGUUCCUCCUAUGGGUUCUUUGCAGGGUCCUCGGCCUGUAGUUCCGCAACCAGGUUUUCUGCCAUCUGCACCACCUUCAACUAUGCCAGCAGCUAAUAUAGUUUCUCCUGUAUCAUUUCCAUCUGCUCCUUCCGCAGUCAAUGUUCUGAUGAAUCAAGCCAGUGGAGCCUCGAGUUUUCCUUCUGUUCCACCCCCUCAAGUGGGUUCUUCCUCUGCACCUGUACCUCAUGCAUUAAUAACCCCUAUGUCUGGAAGCAUGCCAAUUUCUUUGCCAAUGACAUCCGCAUCACGACCAACUCUGCAGUCUGAAACUGCAGGAUCCUUUUCUGGAAAUGUAUCAAAUCCUACUCUCACGAGACCAACAGUAACUGCUCCAAAACUGCUGCAUUCAGGUCCUGGUGAUUUUACUUUUCAACCUCAUCAUCCACAGAAUCCGGCUCCUCAUUCAGUUCUCAGGCCAAGCAAUCAGCCUAUGACUCAGGAUCCUCCACUUGCCAGACCAUUGAUGCAACCAUCACCUCAAACACCAUCUUUCAGGUUGGCUGCGCCCAAUUCAAUUCCUCCACCUGGUAUGCAUGUAUUUCCAAGUUCACAUAUAAGCAAUCAGAUGGGUCAAACUCAGCCUCACAUGUCCCCUAUCCCUUUUGUUGGAAAUUCUACUGGCUCCUCAGUUCCACCCAGAGUUCCAGCAUUUUCAAAUGCAAGUCCAACCAUACCUCCAGCUCGAAACUUCAGUCCAGUUGCCCGACUGCCUGAUUUGUCAGGCCCUUUUCCACCUAGGCCAGGGAAUCCCCUUCAAGUUCGGCAAAGUUAUCCAGGUCCUAUAACUCCACAAGGCAAUUUCAUGGCAUCAAAUCAACAAUCCAAUAGAAAUCUGUCUUUUGCAUCUAGUCCUGGAGGGCAGCAAAUUUAUGAUCCAUUUUCGCCUACUUCUGUUCCUAUUAUGCCUCAACAGCAAGGAGGUAAUCUGUUAAAGGGAAGAAAGCAGGAGGCUGAUCCUGAAUAUGAAGAUUUGAUGGCCUCAGUUGGAGUAAAGUAACUGUUUAGAAUGAAUUGGUUACUUAAAGGUUUUUAUGUGACAACUGUUUCUUGUUUCUCUCUGAAAUGCAACUUUUUGUGAGAAAAUAGUGAGUUGUGUUAAAAUGAUGGUCAUAUCGCACGUGUAUAAUUGUAUAGCUAUUAUGCUGCUUAAGCCUGCUAAAAUCAGGGAGUAUCUGGAAAUUUUCAUCAUUAGAGUUGAUCUAGCAAAUGAGUAUUAUUAUUAUUAUUAUUAUUAUUAAAUUGAACUAUAAACUGAGUCUCUCACUUUGAUGAGAAGUUGAUGAUUGGCUGUAAUUUUAAAUUUGAAUUUGGCCGAUUGACAUAAUCAGAAUAGUCGUUCAAAUUUUUAUUUUA